CGGGGGCACCGUGCAACACGCCGAACGCGCCGUUGGAAUGGCUGCCCCAUCGCGGCUGACCAGUGCCAUGGCGACACACGACCGACCAAGUAGCUACUUCUUACCUCAUGCCCGCCUCGAUUACCGCUUGUCGUCGGCCACCUUUGCAGCAAACUUCUCUUUGCUUCUGCAAUCGCUAGCCACGUACUCUAGAUAAACACCUCCAGCGCAGUCAGUCCUCAGCGACCAUAUCCAUCGGUCUUUCGUCCACCGUGCCGCUCAAGCACCCAACCCAGUCAUGGAGACCCCGGAGAUCACCCACGAGCGCCAAAGAAACGCAUUCGAAACGCUAGUUGACAACCUCAGUGCUGAACUUGGGCCCUGCUCUGGUAUCAAUUCCGAAGAUGUCGACCCAGGAAUGCUGGAGCAGCUGAUGAGGGACUACGUAUCAGAUGAAGCACAUUGGAGCAAAUAUUUCUUUCCCAGUCAGCACCAUGCCUACACGCGGAAUCUCGUCGACAAAGGCAACGGCAAGAGCAAUUUGCUCAUUCUUGUCUGGUCGCCUGGAAAAUCGAGUCCGAUACAUGACCAUGCCAACGCGCACUGCAUCAUGAAGGUCCUAAAAGGCUCUCUGGUCGAGACUCGCUACGCCUGGCCCACCGUCCAUCUCAACGAGAAGGAGGAGCACCCUCUGCAAACCAUAUCUCAGAGGAUGUACGAGGAGAACGAUGUAACCUACAUGUCCGACAGGCUAGGCCUGCACCGCAUUUCCAACCCUAGCCCAAAUGAAUAUGCCGUAUCAUUGCACCUGUACACUCCACCGAACGCAGCAGUGUAUGGCUGCAACGUCUUCGACGAGCAAACCGGCCAUGCAAAGCAUAUGGCCAAGUGUACUGUGUACUCGGAGUACGGCAAGAAAGAGCCGCGACUUUAAAGGGUUGCUAAGGAAGCAUGCAUCUACGAUCGAUCAUUGUCUGUAUGGCAAAGUGUUGGUGGCACUCUACAUCUAGGCACAUUCACACAGCGGUAUCGAGUUUACAUCCGCGGAAGUCGUCCUUCUUUUGUUACCACCGUUGUUUUCUGCCAGUCGCGUGUUCAUCUCAUGUUCAUAUCAAGCGUUUUUGGCGCAGCAUUUUUUAGCAUUUCGUUCAAUUCGACAUCAUAGCCAGCGUCAAACAGCACGCUACAUUUAUGACGAAGUUCAAAUAGCCGUUUCGCUUGUGCUCAUACUUGGUUUGCCAUUUACUUGCACGCUGAACAGCCUUCACGAAAGGUAGCAAGCUACUCUGGUCCUCCUGCAGUUCUC